ACGCCCGCUACAUUCCAACACACUUGUGUUCUACUUCAGCAGCAUUGCUCACUGGCAUGUUACAACCUCUCGACUCUAACCAUGCAAAGCCCAUUUCCCCUUCCACGCUCUGCAGCUUCCGGCCUCUAGAGAUUCUAUUUAGGACAGGUUCUCUUGGUGUAACCCUUAAGCACUGGAAUCUGAGUUGGAAAACAGGUUCCUGACCUCCAUAUAUGGCAUGGAAGUGAUUAUUUUCAACCCAACAAACAGCAGAAGGUGGUUUAUUAGACAUUGGAAAGCAUAGAAGAAACUUUAAAUAGUGUGACUAACCGAAGGUCCAUUGCCAUGGGAAAACAUCAGGAGAGAACAAUCAUGAGCAAGAAGCCAGUUAAAGCAUCAGCAGUUGUGUUGUCACAUGUAGAUGAGAAGGAUCAGUCCAAUUCAGUUACACCUUCUGCAGACUCUGAAGUUAAAUCCAAAUGCAUCGGUUGCUUGGGAAACAAUGGUUGUCGGACUGUUCAUGCAAGAACGAAACUCAUGAAUAUUCUGAUUGAGAAGGGGAAGCCUCAAGAAGCUCAUUCUAUUUUCAACAGCUUAACUGAAGAAGGACACAAGCCAACUCUUGUGACCUACACAACUCUUGUAGCUGCAUUAACCCGCCAGAAACAUUACAAGGCCAUUAUUUCACUUAUCUCCAAAGUGGAAGAGAGUGGUAUGAAGCCUGAUUCAAUUCUCUUCAAUGCUAUGAUCAAUGCCUUUUCUGAAUCUGGAAAUGUCAAAGAAGCCAUGAAAAUCUUUCAGAAAAUGAAGAAGAGUGGAUGUAAGCCCACAACCAGUACUUUUAAUACUCUUAUUAAAGGAUAUGGAAAUAUUGGUAAGGCUGAAGAAUCUUCAAAAUUACUGGAGACAAUGCUGCAGGAUGAAAAUGUGCAACCAAAUGAUAGGACAUAUAAUAUUCUAAUCAGAGCCUGGUGCAACAAAAAGAACAUACAAGAAGCAUGGAAUGUGGUGUACAGAAUGGUGGCAUCUGGUAUGCAUCCUGAUGUUGUCACUUAUAAUACAAUAGCAAGAGCCUAUGCUCAGACUGGGGAGACUUACAGGGCUGAACAGAUGGUUUUUGAGAUGCAAAACAACAAAGUGGCUCCUAAUGAGCGUACUUGUGGUAUCAUUGUGACUGGAUAUUCUAAAGAAGGUAAUAUGACAGAAGCUUUGAGGUUUGUGUACAGGAUGAAGGAGCUAGGAGUGCAGCCGAACCUUGUUGUUUUCAACUCUCUGAUAAAAGGGUUUCUAGAUGUUACAGAUACCGAUGGUGUUGAUGAGGCACUGACGCUGAUGGAAGAAUUUGGGGUCAAACCAGAUGUUAUAACAUUUAGCACAAUCAUGAAUGCAUGGAGCUCUGCAGGGCUGAUGGAGAAAUGCCAGGAGAUCUUUGAUGACAUGGUGCAGGCUGGUAUAGAACCUGACGCCCAUGCAUUUAGCAUACUGGCGAAAGGCUAUGUUCGUGCUGGAGAGCCAGGAGAGGCUGAAUCACUCCUCGAUUUGAUGAGUAAAUUUGGUGUGCAUCCAAAUGUUGUAAUCUUCACAACCAUCAUCAGUGGGUGGUGCACUGCUGGAAAAAUGGACCAUGCAGCCAGAGUUUAUGAGAAAAUGUGUGAAAUCGGUGUUUCCCCGAAUUUGACUACUUAUGAGACUUUGAUAUGGGGAUAUGGGGAAGCAAAACAGCCAAGGAAAGCUGAAGAACUCUUGCAGAUUAUGGACGAGAAGGGUAUCACUCCUGACAGGAACACCAUGCAGCUUGUUGCAGAUGCUUGGCGUGCCAUUGGUUUAUUAAGUGAAGCAAGAAGAAUUGUGAAAAAUAUAGAUCGAGGCGUUGCAUCAAAUAAUAUAGAUGAGAUACCAGCAGAGAGUUUGGAGAAGAUUUAUAAGAGACAAAACCUUAGUGCUUGUUAUUCGAAUGUUUUGCAGGUACCUGGAGUAACUACGAGUGACCAAAAUGGAUCAUCUACUGCUAAAACUAGAAGCCAAAUGGUGUUGAAGAAAUACGAUUCUUCCUCUAUGUAUCUCGCUCAUGCAAGUGUUCUAGGGGUGCAACCAGGGAUUAUAUGCCGGAAGCAGUUAAUAAGAAGGGAUAACAUGCACGUGCAGUUUGUAAAUUCAUGUAAAUCGGUGUUCAUAAACUGAUGAGAAUUUGUGGAUCACUGUCCAGAGAGUAGCUUGAUUUUUUCGGCACCAAGGAGUUUGGAGAUGCUGAUGACUUAAAGCUGUAGAUAUUGAAGCUGUUCUUCAACACAUACCUUCAUAUUUAUUGGACCAUUGAUUAUACGAUCAUUUUGUGCAAGUAAUUAAAUGGCUGCCUACACUGAUGAUAUACUCAUUGUUAGUAUCAGGCAGGCCAGAAAAGGGCUACUCCCAAUUUGUUUGCGAAAGUAACAAUAUGUUUUUCGAUCCUAUAUUAUACUAUGAAUAUUUUCUUGGUUUAAAUGAAAUUUCCUGAGCUAAUAAUUAA